AUGGUCAAAAUAGAAAUAUUCAAAAUAUCUCUCGUUGAUGAUCAAGAGGUGUUUUAUCCUGGACAACCGAUUGAAGGUGUUGUUCACCUCCAAUUAAAUCAACCUCUACAGCUCAAGUUUCUUCGCCUCAAAUUAUGCGGCCGUUCACAAAGUAAAUUAAAACUCAAUCACACUGGUCACGGCACCACCACUCAUCGAGAUGAAGAACUAUUUCAUAGCGAUGUCAUGAUACUCAUCGGUAAAGAAAAUUUCGACAGAAAUGAAAUUGCUCCCAAAAUAGAUGAAGGAUCGCAUGAUUUCCCCUUUCGAUUUGUCUUACCAGAUGGAAAUAUACCAGCUUCAUAUGAGGACAGGAACGGUAACAAUAUCGGAUACUUUGUGGAAGCACGAAUACGAAGACCAUGGAAAGUAGAUGAAGUUGCGCAGAAAAUUUUCAAUGUAAAAGAAAUUAUUGACUGCAACUUACCGGAAUACAAUGUACAACCGCCUCCUGUUAAAAAGGAAUGGAAAUUAUAUAGCCUACUAAAUAAGAAUAAACCCAUUAUUCUCACUGCUAGUACGGAUCGGUUAGCCUACUUCCCUGGAGAAAGGAUCGAAAUCCUUGAUACAAAAGUUGUUAACGGAAGCUCUCGAACUUUAAACAACGUGAAAUUAGAAUUUAUACAAAAAAUUACCUAUAAAGCUCGAGAGCAUAAACUCAGUAGAAGGAAAUGUUUUCGUUGUAAAAGUUCUAACCAACCAAUCAAGCCUGAUGAGGUUUUCGACUGGCCGAAUUUGUCAGUAGUAGUACCUGCUGCGUCACCAACUUUGGAUUGCAAUACCUUGAUUACGGUUAAAUAUUUCAUAAAGAUCACCGUUAUGGUUCCUUAUUCCUUCAACCAAUAUAUUAAACUGCCUGUAAUUAUUGGAACAGUACCCUUGCGAUACGAUGGGCAAUUACCACCAACAUAUGAAGAGGCCCAAAACGCCGAGAAUACUCCUGAUGCCUCAUUACCGAAUUAUUUUGACUGUGUUGAAAGAAGUAUUGGGUACCUCGACUUUGAUGUCAGUAAUUUAUACCGAAAUAAAGAUAAGGAUGAAAUGCUACCUCGUUAUCCAUCCGUAUUCCCAACAGAGCAAUUGUAUACACUUCGAUCGAUUCGGUUUAUUGAACUGUUAAUAUUUAUAUCUCGAUUAUUUCAUAUGAAAUUGGCUUUGUCAUACUAUACAAUAUCAUUAGAUAUUCACAGCAAAUUUCGAAUAGAAAUGAUAAACAUUGAACUAAAGUAUUUAAGAAGAAUGGAGAAUAAUGUCUUGGUAUAUUUUGCAUCUGCAUAA